AUGGUCGCAGAAAGUGUUGCACAUUGCGGAGAGGUGUCAGUUUUUUUGGAAAAAAGUGAUGCUUAUGUGUAUAGACAUUUCCAGAACGUUCACGAUGUGUUCGGAGUAGAGGUGUUAUUCCAAGCUGGAGUUCAGAAUAUUAGAGAAAAUGCGCUGGUCAUGCUUAUAGCGCAGUCUCUCUACGAACCAGGAUUCACGCAACUGAGGACUGUUGAACAACUUGGGUACAUAGUUUCGAUUGAGCCAAGGCAGAAUGCAGGGACAAUAGCUCUAGUGUUCGUUAUUCAAGGUCCUGGAAGUGCCGAUCACGCCUCUUGGGAGAAUAGAGGCUUUCCUCGAGAAGAUAGGGGUGAGUGUUACUAUCAUCGAUAG